AUGGAAGAUUUCAUACCAUAUGUCUGUGUUCAAUCGGAUUGUAAAUCACUCGCUGACUUUCUCGGAAAAUUCCCGUUUUUUAUUUCGAUCGUCGCUGGUGAUGUUGAUGCGUUGGAGCGUGUUGCUUAUGAAUUUGUUGAAGAUCAAGCAGUACAAGGUGUACUCUACACGGAAGCUCGCUACAGUCCUCAUUUUUUGACAGCUGAUAUUCUGACACCUGAACAGGUUAUCGAAGCAAUCAAUCGUGGGUUCGAACGUGGCAAGAAAGAAUUCCAUGUCGAUGUUCGUACGCUACUGUGCUGCAUACGUCCACAUCCUGAAUGGUCAAUGGAAAUUGUCGAACUUGCACACAAAUAUCGAUCAGCGGGUGUAGUUGGUAUAGAUCUAGCUGCUGGUGACGAGCAUGAGCAUGUCGUUACUCCUCAUGUGGCUGCUUUUCAGCGUGCUACUGAGCUCGGCAUACAUCGUACUGUACAUGCUGGUGAAUCAGGUUUGGCCGAUUCUGUUCGUCAAGCAAUUGAACAAUGUCAUGCUGAACGAAUCGGGCAUGGUUAUGCCAUUAUUGAUGAUCCAUCCGUAUAUGAACUCAUUCAUAGUAAAGAUAUUCAUCUUGAAUGUUGUUUAACAUCAUCAUUACAAACGAAUGCCGUUGGCAAAUAUGCACCAAAAGAUUGUGACGUAGAAGAAAAACAUUUGAUGUUGAAUGGUCAAGAAACGAAUACCAAACUUCAUUUACAUAUGACAUCGAAGAAAGAAGUGUGGCAUCCUAUUCAUCAUUUUGCUCGAGAUCAUCUCAAUUUUUCGUUAUCAUGCGAUGAUCCAUCUGUAUCACAGAUUACUAUUGAACAUGAAUAUAAACAUGCAUUAAUCGAUCUCAAAUUAUCACCAGCGCAGCUUACUCAAUGUAUCUUCAAUGCAGCACGAUCAUCAUUUUUGCCUGAAAAAGAAAAGGAUGAAUUAAUUAAACGAUUGUUAGUUAAUUAUAUUCCAAAAGGUGUUCUCAAACAUCACUAG